AUGGCGGGCAAGACUCGUUCGAGCAGUAUGGCCGAACACACCGCGGUCUCUUUCGCCAAACAUAUAGACAACUAUAUUAGGAAUUCAGAAGUGUUAACAAAAGCCACCGUCGCUGCAGUUCAAGCGGCAGCUCUUCCCUUACGAAAAGAGAUUUCAUGUCUUAAAGACGAACUUGCUAAACUGAAACGUGAGCUAGACGAGGUGAAGGCCAAAGCCAGCACCAACGAACAAUAUUCGAGAAGCAAUUCCAUUCGUAUCUUAGGGCUGAGUGAAGACUGAGAGGGGGAGGACUGCUACGAUAACGUCCUAGACCUAUGCGAGAAUGUGUUGGAAAUUGAAGUUGGCAGGGUUGAAUUGGAUAGAGUAAAUCGCGUGGGAAAGCCAAGGGAGGCUGUGGAUGGUAGCCGAGACCACCGCCUCCAAGCGCCAUGA